UAUCAUUUUAUUUAACAAAAUUAUUUCCAUUGUUGCCAGAACUGAAAAACAUUUUGCAGUACACUACUACGAUCAAGAUAAUCCACACUAGGAAUUAUAGUCCAGCAUAGUCCACAGCAGUGGCCUCACUUCGGGCUUUGUUCAUUGCUGGAAGUUCUUCCCACACUUGACGAUCCGGGUCAAAACAUUCCACAGAAUUAAGAUAUUUCUUUGUGCACCAAUCAUAACCUCCCAUUACAAUAACUUUGUCACCAAAAACUGUUGCUGCACAUGACGACCUUGCAUGCCUCAUUGAUGGCAACAUUUUAAGUGUGUUCCCUUUGACAUUGUACAAAAUGACCGUGUUUAACGAAAUGCCAUUAUUAGCGGUGCCUCCAAGUAUGAGCACAUUGUUUUUCCAUCUUACAGAAGCAACAUCACAAAUUGCAAAUGGCAAAGACUUCAUUACAGAGACUUCAUUAGUUACUGUAUUAUAUGAAAAGACAGUGUUAACAGCUUUUUCUAAUGUACCACUUGGCGAUCCACCAAAGAUCAAUAGGCAAACUCCGAAGGCCUGCAAACCAUGAAAACAAACUGCUUGUUCCAGUUCAUAUUUCAAUUCUACGGUGUAUGGGGGAUGAAGUAAUAUGCUGUAGAUGGUGUUGAAAGGUGUCUUCCCAGCAUGUCCACCAACCAAAUAAAGACAUUUGUUAAUUACAACAACUUUAUGCCCACAACAUUUACUAGGCAAUUUCAGAGGUAAAGGAAUCCACUUGAAUGGCUUGCAGACUGAUAAUCUUUCUAUUCUAUCACUACAACCUUCAAUGGACCGUCCUCCAAUGACAAUGACAUCAUUUCCAUACAUUACUGAUGCAGCAGAACCACGGGAUUCUUGCAUGGGUUGCAACACUGUCCACGUCUGAGAACCCGGAUACAAAACCUCAACUGAGCACAGGUUACCCUCAUUAUUUCGGCCGCCCAUAGCCAUGAUAUGCGUGCUGACAUUGGGCGAAGGUAGUUGUGAUGGCGUUGUCAUGUUUUGUUUAUCAUCUGCUAAACUUUCUACUGAGUUCAGUAUUUCUUUCUGCAAAUCACAUAUUACUUGUUGGGAAUAACACAUUUCAGUCAAAAUGUUCUUUACUUUUGACCAUUCCAGUCCCAUUUCGUUGAGAUCCUUACUGAUUAUACAUGCAUGCUUACUGAACUUCUUAUAAAUCAUGUCAUCCUCACAGUCUGAGCAAUGUACCAGUCUGUACUCACAUGCAUUGAUCACGUGUUCAGUCAGAUCUUCUUGGUUGAAUGUUUGUCCACAUUUCUCAUUUGUACAAACAAUGGGACGGUAGUUACACUCAGGAACAUGUGCUUGUAGUCCUGAAACUGGUAGCACCUCAGUACAACCUCUUUCCGAGUGAUCGCAGCUAAUCAUAAGACCAUUCAAAUAAUCUGUAAGAAUCCUAGGAGGCUGAGCCAAUGUUUCCUCGCUCAGAUCUUGCACACCAGCACACAUAUAGGGCAUGAGUUUGCAUUCUUUUCAAGGUGUUUCUUUACCCAGUUCUUGCAGAAAUAAUGUUGAUUUCGACAUUGUCAUUAAACUGUUUUUCUUUUAAAAACUUCAACGCAAAGAAAGCUUUUAUCCACAGACUGUCAGACACAAUAAUUUCCAAACGAUCUGUGACGUGAUCUCCUGACGCCAUUUUCAAUUCAAACUGAACUAAACCAUACUGAACUAUAAACAUUUUUCAAAAAAAAAUUCUUAUUACAAGUGGAAACACGCGCAAAACGAAAUAUUCUGAUUGGAUAAAAUAAGCACGUGAUUUAUCAAGCUGAGUUGAAAAUAAAAAAAAUUAAAAAUAUAAAAAUGGAACCAGUGUUUGGAACGCGGAAAACGAGAGAGAAUACUGUCAAUCUCUCAAAGAGGAACUUUAGAAAUUAAUUGUUGUUUGGGCCAAGAUACACAAUUAAAAAACAGAAUUUCUAGCCAUACUUUGAGGGAGUCAUCAAGGAGAACUAUGGUAUACGCUGAGACUGAAAAGGAUGUGAUAUUUCUGAUCGAAGGAACUUCCAAUCUUGGUUUACAUUAUGGGAAAUUCAAGCCGUAUCUUGAGAAAUUUAUUGAGUAAGUGUUCCUGAAUAUAUCUUGUGGAAAUAAUGUUUGAUCGAGAUGUGUAUUUAUACUUUAGAUCAUGUGGCGGACUGUUCUAUAUAUAAGUCUGUAACAAACAUGAAACAUCAUAACUGGCAGCCGGCUAUAUUAAUAUAUAUACAGUACUGUAUGAAUACGGGCAGUCACUAUGAUAUUUGUUUUAAUUUUGAAAUCUCAAAAAUGUUUUUAAUUUUGAAAUGAUCAAAUCUUAAAAACAUAUAAAAACAAUAUAUGAGGCGAGAUCUUGCCACUUUACGAACAGGAUUACAGUGAGCUACUGUAGCUGGACAGCAGCUCAACUCUCUUCGACCUAAGAUUUGUAUCAUUUUUUUAAAAUUUGACUUCAACUAAAUGCUGAACGUCAGCAUUUAAUACACUUUAAAAUGUGACAGGCUGCAAGGUCAAAUAGUCAGAGGGCACAAACUUAAUACUUUAAAUAAGUUACUGUACAUCAAGUUAAAUAUUAUAGUGUUUAUUAAACAUAAUAUUGGCUUUCGUAGCUGGUGGCAUACCAUGUAGAUGUCUGUUUUUAUACCAUCCCUUUUGUCAUUCCUCACUGGGGGCAGUCUUGUUUCAGCUGGCUUAUAGCAAAGCCACAAAAUUGCUUUCCCUGGGAACCAAAGGUUUCUCAUACAUGACCAGGUUGGAAUGUGUGGGUGUUACACUGGCUAAAAUGUUUUUGAUAUUUUUAUGCCAACUGGUGGCAUAAAUCUUACUAACAAAAUAAGGAUGCACUUGAUAUGAUAUCCAAUCUGAUAUCCAGCUGGAUUAUGAGCGGAUUUCAUGGUUUUAGCUUAUGGGCCAAUCAAUUUAUACUGUUAACAUCCCUCCCUGGGCAUACCCCUGGGCAUUUGAAUAUUUUGAAAUUUUGUGGUCACCAUCAAUUUUCCAUUAUUUGUGGGGCAUUUGAACAACAUUUUUGUCCUGGGAGUGAGAAAUUUGACUGUAAUUCUAUCAGUUCAAGUUUGGAAUUAUGUGAAAACAUACACUGACAGGGUUUUUUUCAGGAUUUUCUCUUGGGGCCGUUUUUGCAGAGAAGAUUGAGUUUCGCUGAACAAAUAGGGGUCUGGGGCGGCUGUCUCCCCUCCCCCUCCCUACCGGGAGGCUGAAACCUGUGCUUACUUUAGUGUCGUUGAGAUGCAAUAUGUUAAAGCAGGGGCACUAAGGGACACUAUAAACUGGUUAAAGACGGCGAAUGUGUUGUUUUUCUUGUGUUGUGAAAUGAUUUCCAGCCAUUUUUUACUUAAUUUUCAGGUUUUCAACUGAAAACUAAUUUGCACACGUCAUGAAUUUAACUCGGACAACUUCAUUUUACUGCACAGAAUCUUUUGAUGAGAAGAUUGAGUUUCAAAACUCAAUUCAAGAUUGAGUUUUUACGGCCCUGAAAAAUCCCUGAAAAAACCGUGACUGAAUUCUGAGGGUUACAACAGUUUAAUAAAUGAGACUCUGUAUUAAACAACUUACACCUCAUGCUUUAUAAAGUUUCCAAACAGUAUUUAAAGUAUACUCUAUUUUGAAUUUUUUUUUAAUUAAUUAAAAAAAAAAUUUAAUAUAGUCUCAGACCUUGCGCAGCCUGACAUGUGUUUUCAUAUACUGUAGUAACAGCAUCUUAUUUCCCAUUCAAUGUGAAAUGGAUGAUUUUUCCCCCUUGUGAAUCGUGAUAAUUCACUGCUUUAUUUUGUCCACUAUAGCUAGACAAUGUGAGGAUUAUAUUAAAAAAGUUUGAAGUCAAUUUUCACAAACUGAAAACUUUUUAAUAGGCAGAUGGUCGAUUUCUAAAUGACUCAUCUACAUUUGCCAAAUGCAAAAGCAAAAUCAGGGUUCGUAGUCUCCAAGACCAAAAAAUUUCAAAGACUUUCAAAGAUUUUUUCUGCCUAUUGUCAAAGACUUUUCAAAGAUCGUUGACAGCAAUCAGGUCAGUCGAAAAACUGCGAUGUAUAAGCACCAUUUUUACCAGGUAAUUAGUCCAGUCAAAUCACAUCCUAAAAUGCACUUUUUCGUCGAUAUUUGUGAAAAUCUUGCUUCAAUCAAUCUAUUUUAUUAGCUAGGAAAUCGUAUAAUUAAAUAAUCACUAAAGAAUUUAAAGACUUUUAAAGACUUUCUUCGCUUUUUCACACACUUCAAAGACUUUUGAAAGACCUUAAAGAUAUGCAUUCAAAUUUAAAGACUUUCAAGGAUUUCAAAGACCGCUACGAACCUUGGAAAUAUGUAUAGGUUAUUUUGAGGCAACGAGGGGAUAUGUGAUUUAUUCACCGAGGCGCGCAGCGCUGAGGUGAAUAAACACAUAUCCCCGAGGUGCCUCAAAAUAACGUACUUAUUUUUCACAAUGCGAGGUCGCGUUAAUGAGUCAGAAUAGAAAUAAUUCUUAAUAGCAUGUUGCCUUCGUGAUGUUGUUUUUUCUCAUUUUUUGUGCUGCAAAGACAUUGCAGGUGAAUAUUAGAGGGGAUUAUUAAUUGCAGGUGAAUAUUAGAGGGGAUUAUUAAACGGAAAUUGAUUAGAGGUGAAUAUUGAAUAUAUUCCCCGAUAAGAACAAAGGAAACCGAGCAGGGUGAAAAAUAAGCUAUCAUAAUGUGCCAAUCAAUUAUAUCUUGAUUGUUAACAUCCCCCAUGGGCAUAUCCCAGCCGGGCAUUUGACACCUAGCUCUAUCCCCCAGAGUGGGGAAUUUGAUCUUUUGAACUGCUGUUAGGGUAGGACAUUUGACGCUGAGUUGCAAGACAUGGGGCAAUAUUUGACCAUUUAAUACACCAGGCUGUACAGUUGCCCAUCUCUGGGCUGGCUUCUAUUGUAAUAUGACCGUACUUCCUUGUGCACAACUGUUAAUAGAGGAUCAGUUUCAGGACCUGAUGGUGUACAUUCAGACUAUUAGUAACUUUAUUUAACCCAAUUGUCUUGUAUAUGGAGUAUGCUUAAUCAGUUUGGUUUGAUUUUUGAUUCAGAUAUUUUAAUGAAGGACAAGUUCCAGCUGAGGAAUUAGCUGCCAACGUAAGUACCAUUAUUGCAUACUGUAUACAGUACAGUAUCCCAAAAAUGUCCCCCACAAUAAUUUGUGGUAUUACUAUAAUGUUUGGUUAUUGUAAUUCAGUGACUACAUUUGCAUCUUUUUCAGUAUGGGAACACAAACUACUACUUAGUGACAUAUAGUACAAGAGAUGUAUAUCCUGGCUCAGCAGUCAAUAUUCUCUGUAGAACUAAGAACAGUCGUACAUUCCUGGAGAAAAUCACCAACUUCAGAUGUCAUGGUGGUGGAGGGGAGUGGCAUGCUUUGCUUGCUGAUGGCAUGAGUAUAGCUUUGGAAAUAUUUGAUCCUUUACACCAGGGUGGGGUGAGAGAGUGCAAUGUCCAGAGAUAUUGUAUUAUUGUGGCCAUGUCACCACCCUCCCCUGCUGCAAUAAGUCUGGAGGGAAAUCAAUUUUGUGAUUUAACUAUUGAAGAACUAGCAGUUAAGAUGGGACAGGUAAGCAUUUCUGUAAUGCAUGGCUUUUAUCAAUUGUAAAACUAUGUGUUGUUAAGAAACCAUUUCCAGUUGUAUACAGUAUGUAAUAAUGUAUAGUUGUUGAAAUCUGAGGGGCAAACACACUGUUAACUUCAUUUCUGCUUUUAGCAUGGUGUAAAUCUUUCUGUGAUUGCACCUCAUAAAACACCAAUAUUUCAGAGUAUUUUUGACCAGGUAUGUUUAUCACUUUAUCAUUAUGAUAAAUGUACUGUAGCAAUUAUGCAACACAAGCUGAAGGUGAGCGGUUGUAUAUCUGAUACAACACAGACGCUGAUACAUAUUCAAAUACAGUCCAUGCAUUAUUUUACUUAUUUUUUAGUCAAAAUUUUACAGUGUAUGUUGAUUGGCCAUGAUGCUGGCAAGCUAGCAUGGCUUGUGUUAGCGGUCUUACAUUUACCAACCCAUUAAUUAACUUAUAUUUCCUAGGCAAAUCCAGAUAACAAAAAAUCAUUCAUUCCAAAAGAUUUUGUUAAAGAGAAGAAUCAUUUAGUUUGUCUUAAAGGAAUUGAUUUUCAUGGUAAGUAGAUAGAAUUGUUGGAUGUGUUCAUGUUAUCACAAGCAGCCCACCAAAUGUACUGUCACCGACUCACCAUCACCAAAAAAUAGGUCCAGGAAAAGGAAUCGCAGGGCUUCAGAUUCUAUUCCUGCUGGAGGGUCUGUAGUUUCACAACUGCUCCUGGUUAUGUGUAAUAAAUGUUCAAAAAUUCCACUCGAAAUUUCCAUCAACAAUUCCCUUCAACACUGAGUUCUAUCGAGUGAGAUGUGCAAAAUCCUGAAAAUUCCAAAUACUAUACACUGUGCUCAUGUCGUCAUUGAGCUUUCGGAAUGAUCCGUGUUUUCAAUAGCCAAAAGGAAAUUACUUGAUCUAUUAUUAAAUAAAUUUAAAGAUGCUGUAAAGUCCGUAAUGUAAACAAACACUUUGUUUACAUUUUGAAUUGCUGUAUUUGUAAAAUAUGAUGCACUAACUGAAUAUAUCUAGCACUUUUCUGGUCCGCAAUGCUUGUAGAUGAAUAUAAACUCUACGUUUCAAUUCAAAAAAGUUCGAAAGAUGCAAAAUUUGGGCAAUGUUUAUAUCUCCGGGUCCUCCUUUGUUAUGAGCAGAACUGAUGCGCAGAACGUACUUUACAACAUCUUUAAGUACUUCCAAAGCGUUUUCAGUUGUGGAGACUGUUACUAUUGUUCCCAGUAAACUGCGAAACGACCGUUUUUUUAGGCGGUUUGUCAGUGACAGUUUUGUCAGUUACGAAGGACAUAUUUGUGUACCUCGUGAUCACAAGUCAUUGCAAGCGGCGUGUGAAAAACUGCAAGUUUCAGUUUGAAAGUUCUGACAGUUAAAUGGUUUCUAAUUUUAUUGUCCAAUCAGGUGCGUAGUUUUGAUUUAAAAUUCAAAACUACGCAUCUGAUUGGACAAUAAAAUUAGAAACUCGUUUAACUGUCAAACUGAAACUUGCAGUUUUCACACGCCGCUUGCAACGAAUUGUGAUCACGAGGUACAUAAAUAUGUCCUUCGUAAUUGACAAAACUGUCACUGACAAACCGCGGUUACCGCCUAAAAAAACGGUCAUUUCGCAGUUUACUGGGAACAAUAGUAAAUAGAAUUCAAACAUAUUCAAACUUUGCCUCAAAUAUAGUCUUGUAUUCACUCCCCCUCCCCUAGAAUCUCUCUAACCCCUCUAAUAAAUUCUUAUGAUAAAUAUGGGAAUCAACCCCAUCAAAAUUUCACCCCAACUAUUUUGUGUAACCCCUGCCAAAGCUCACUGAGUGGUGCCGCUUGCACCCCACCAGAAAUUUUUCUACCCCUCCUUUUAAAUAAGUGAAAAUCCGCCCUUGUUUGUGUUCCAUCAAUGUAAUGUUGAGGUGUGAUUUCUUGUAAUAGUGUCAGAAGAUCAUACAGUUCAUGCUCCCUCCAUCCAACCAUCUAUUCAACCUCCUAUGCCCAUAAAAUCUGAAUUACCCAUCAAUAUUCCAGAAACUGUUGUUGAAGGUAAGCACUCUCUGAUCUAGAAAUAGAACUCGACUGAACUUUUAUUGUAGAAGCCAGAUAAGACCGGAAGUUCCGAAUUUUUUUUCCCAACCACGGUGCUGCUUUCCAGUCUUCGACGAGCAAAAACCGCCACCAAAACAAAAAUGGCGGGUUCUCGAACAUUUCAGUGGCUGGAGUCUGGAUUUUAUUUCACCGAAUGCUGAAAGAAGAGAUUUGAGCGGCAUUGUCAAAAUCUUCAAAAUUAAAGAAACCGCAUAAGAUUCCAGAAAUUAACGUGUUCCAUUUGAUUUUCAAGCAAGAUUUCCGGAAUUUCCGUCAAAUGGAAAGCGCGCAACAAGCCUCCCAUUAUUUUCAAGGCCUGUCACGCUGUACAUAGCGUUCCAUUCUGCCACUCGCUGGACAUUCCGGAAACGCAAAAUGUUUUUUUUGUUCAAAUGGAAAGCGCCCACUCAAGCAAAAACCCCCUAUGUAAAACAGCUAUACUUUAAAAUAAUUGCUUUCAAACGUUAAUCCGUGUGUUAAUUUUUGUAUGCAUCCAAGCAAAGCGGUGUCCUAGCAACGAUAUUUUGUUCUAAAACUCAGUACGAUUUCGUAUUCGUGUUGCCCCCUUUUUUCGCCCUAACGUUCGGAGUGUUUUAAACCAACUGUCUCGCUGGAAAGAGAAUUUAUACCAAAACGAGCCACUUUAGUCGGGGGAGGUCUUUUUUACCAGGCCAACUUGGCAACCAACUAUCUUCCAGUAUACAGUCAAGACGACAGGAGAGCAGUUUGAAAUUCACAAGGAGAGUCAUAUGUGGAAUAUUUGAGAAAUGAACUUUCAGAUGAACAACUUAGGCAUGUUUCAAACGUCGCGCUUCCCAUGUGCCCAACGCAUUAAAAUCAGCUGAAAUGCCUCAUUAUCUAUUGUUUCUGAUGCAUUCAGCACACGAGUAGCGCGACGUUUGAAACAGGCCUUAAUCAUGCAAUUGUACUUGCGAGUAGCGAGUUGAUUAUAAGAAUAAAUUCAUUUAGUUGGCUUUGUUAUUGGAAUAAAUAUUGUUGAAAUAUUAGUAAACAAAGUAGCCUCCUCCGCAGGCCUCUCUAUGAGUUUUAGCCUGCGAAUGAGUUUUGAAAAAUUUUUCCGACCACCCGAUUCCUUGAGAUGCCUGCAGAGGAGGCUAUAAACAAAGUAAGAAACUGCCGUUCUUUAUGUUCUCGCGAAUUGAAUGGGUACCUCAUUAUUAUUCGAAGCUCGCAGUUUGAUAUACUGUAAGUAUUGUAAGGACCUCAACAAUAACAUAAUAUACACGCAUUGUGCACAUCAUGCCUAGCUACGCUCGCUGUACACGCUAUAUGCCUAGCUACGAUCAUUAUUAUUCAAAUGGCGGAAGCGUGACGUCAUAUGGCGGGAAAAUUAUCACUAAUAUGUUUUUCAUCAAGAUUGUUCUACACAUGCGAGAUUUCUGACUCGCCAUGCUUGGCCACUGAACAACUAUUCUUAAGAGUUUCAAACAUUCACUGGUUAAAAAUAUAUAUUUGGACGAGCUUUCGACUGCCAGUCUGCAGUCUUCGGCGGGUAGAUUAAAGUGAAUGAUAUUACAAUUAUAAUAUACGGACAAAACAGACAAUUAUUGACAGUUUCGCCUACGUAUAGGAUUAAUGACUAUUUGCAUUGAAGAGAAUUUAAAGUUUGUAGAGUAAAUUUACAUGAAAUAGGUUUGUGGACAAAUUUCAAUAUUUCAUGUAAAUUUACCACCAUGCCUGUGCAUCUCUGUAGAUGUAAUUUUGUCAGUAUAUCGUAAUUGUAAACCACUGUAAAUAUCACAUCAUUCACUUUAAUCUACCCGUCGAAGACUGCAGACUGGCAGUCGAAAGCUUGUCCAAAUAAAUAUUUUUUUAACUGGUUAGUGAACGUUUGAAACUGCUAAUAUGAAUAAUGGUUUCGCAUCUAAGGCCUGUUUUAUACGUCGAAUUUCGGUCGCGUCGAAUGCAAUUCAAACAAUAGAUAAUGAAGCUUAAUGAGGUUUAUCAUCUCAUCUAUUGUCUUAAUUGCAUUCGACGCGACCAAAAUUCGACGUAUAUAAUAGGCCUAACAUCUUUAAAUAUUCUAUUAUUCAAACGAAAUAAUUUCCUGCUACCAAAUGUCGUCUGGCUCAGCCAAUCAACGCGCGGCGGCAUCCCUUUGAUCUGAAGGGGAUCCUAACGUAUAUAUAUAUAUAUAUAGUAGGUGCAUGGUCAUUGCGUGAGAUGUUGUAUUGGUUGCAUUUUAUGUCAGAACUGUCCGUAGCCAUGUUCAACAUACAAUUACAAACCAACAUUUUCUUUGAAGUUUCAGAUCAACCUCAACAACAACCAAAAGUGGAGCCUGGUACUAAUGGCGGUAAGUCUUCACUUAUAUUUCUUCAAAUUCAUAAUGAACGUUUGUGAACAAACAAGUUUCAUAUUAUUCUGACACUGCAAUAGACCAACCAACAUUUCGUUGGCUCGAGCGGGAUUUGAACUCGCUGGCUUCUUCUGAUAUCCAGACCGUGGUCUGAUACUCGAAGAUGCGAGUUCAAAUCCCGUUCGAGCCAACGAAUUUUUCGUUGAUCUAUUGCAGUGUCAGAAUAAUAUGAAACUGGUUUUUUGUACCUCUGAGGAUGGUUCUGAAAUAGGUUUGUAGACUGCAAAUUUCAAUAUUUCAUGUAAAUUUACCACUAUGCACAAUUUUGAAUUAUUUUGUGACGUACAGCGCAAUAGAUAACUACCAGGGCUGAAAAUGAAAAUUACUGCGAACUCUUUGGAGUAUCUUUGCUUGGAAAAAGUAAACUAGAAUUUCGUCCUAAAAUGUCAUUUUAUGCCUUUUUCCACGAGCGAAUUAUUUCAGCCAUGGUUUAUAGGUUUCUGGCGAUGUUUAAAUUUCAGUCCCCAAAUUCCUACCGAGUCAACUGAUUCGGUUGACUCUGCUAGUGACGGGCCUGAAGAUGAUGGUUAAAUUCAGGAAUGUUAACAACUUAACAACAUUUUAUCACUUUGAUAUAUAAUUGCUUGUUGACCACCUACUGCAGGUAGUUCUUAGGGACCUUGCACUGGGGGGGACAAAAUUGCCGACUGGAGGGGCCAGUAAGAGGGCUGGGGAGGACAUGUCCUCCCCAGUCUAUAUUUUAAAAGAAGCCCUGCGAAUAUUAAUGAGUAUCAUAUGUCAUCUGUAUGUACGAGUAUUAUGAACAACAUGUGUGCAUCCGUGCGUACGAAUCGUACUGUUAACAAGCUUUUGCUGGUGGGGAUUCAACUACCUGAAAAAUAUAAGCAAGUGGUUGCAUCUCUACCAACGAGAGCGUGUUAAUAGUAUUGGCACUACUACACUGGCACAGACAGUUAGGUUUAUAUGUGUACUGUGCAUGCAUAUACAGCGUACAUUUUUUACCGGGGAAAAGUGUGUUUAACCGGUUUUUAGUCUGAUGUUACAUACGUAAAAACGCACAAGCAAUGUUGUUCCAGACUUGUAGCAAUGCUGUUCCAACAACUUGUUAACAGGAAUUCGCACUGCUUGUUCCCAACUUGUUGACAACUUGCUACAAGGUUGUUCAGCUUGACAGACUUGCUAUAAGUUGUUCUAAGAACUUGUUAUCGUCCUACAAUUCAACAAUUUGUCAGGCGCAAUAUAUCAGUGUUGUUCAGGGCGGCCCGAGAGAAUUCGCGGGGCCCGGGGCAAAUCUUCUCUGGGGGCCCCAUGACAUUAUUUUUAAGCUAGACCCAAGUCAGUCACCCAACUAGACCUUAGCUAGACUACAUGUGGAGCUACUAUAAGGGGCCUUCGAUUUCCAAAAUGCUCUGACCAAAAAGAACCUACUUAAUUCUAGGCUCUAUCUCUCAAGUUAGGGCCCUAUUAAGGUGGGGGCCCGUGGCAUUUGCCCCCCCCCCCUCUCGGCGGCCGUGGCGUUGUUUGCACGCCUGCUGCGAACACAUGUUACGUACAAGUUGUGAGGUUUUUCGUGUGUACUUAUUGAAGUAUUUGAUUUUCUUAAAGGAAAUGCAACUAGUGGUGGGCCACAAAUGCUAGCUUGGACUGGUUGCUUAAAAUGGCAAGAAACGGUAACUUUUUCUCUUUGAUUCCUUGAACAAGUGUUAGACGCAUUAAAAUACUGUAGCACGUUGCUCAACUUUACUGCACACCAGGUUCAACGAGUUUCAGAAAAACGCUGUUUGGUUUAAUGUAUCCUAAAAACUAGAGCAGCUGGUUACACUCAAAUACAUGUAGGUUCUGUUAUAGUCACUGCCGACUAACUUACAUUUUAAUGUACUAUACUUGUACUUUCAUGCAAUUGUCAAAUUAAUGGGGGGGGGGGAGACAAAGGGUGUUUUAGAGUUAACAAAUAUAAAACAUUUUCCGUGUUGAUAUACAAUUAUAUCAACACGAGUGGAAUUGGGAAAACGAGAAAUUGUAUGGAAACACGACGCCCGAAGGGCGGAGUGUUUUCAUACAAUUUCGAGUUUUCCCAACUUCCACGAGUGUUGAUAUAACUAUAUAUCAAUACGGAAAAAAGUUUUAUAUUUUUUUUAUAAUAUAGCAAUGUCAAAAGCCCGAAGGAUAAGAAAAAUUUCCGUGUUUACAAGCGGCGGAAAAUUUCCCGUGUUGACAUUGAGUUAUAUCAACACGGCUCUUAGCCAAUCAGCGUUCAGAAUUUACAAAUGCUAUAUUAUAAUAAUAUAUAUAAAUCAUAUUAGGGAACUUAUUAGCAAGUGACGUUUUUGUCAACACGGACGUCAGAUUGCCGUGAGGAUUGGAUUAAAAAAUUGGAUUAAAAAACUGUGUUUGUGUCAGAUUGUGGUAAUCUUCUACAAAUCUGACAAAACAAAGUUUUUGCUUACUUCCACGGGCGCUAUGAUCCAAAAUGCCGACGCCUGUGUUGACAAAAAAGUCGUUUGCUUAACCGUGUUUUGCCUGACUACGAUGAUAAUUGUACUCUUUAAUCUAAUCUAGAUUCGUACAGAUGCUGGUCCAAGUACUAAAGUAACGAGAGUUUUAUCUUGUCAUGUUUCUACGCCUCCUGCUGAUAAUUUGUAAGUAGAAAUAACUGUGACCACCUUGCAUGAGAUUUUGUUUAUUCAGCUCUUCUACUGCGGGCAAGUGAUGCUUUGUUCAAGGCUUGUCAAGGCUUUUGUAGAUGGAAAUUUCUGGUGUGAAUUUUCUGCAUUUAUUAUUAAGCCCAGGGCAAACUAGGAAACAUUGUUGCGGAAACAUUGUUUCCUACCAUGUUUCCCAGAGCGGGCAAACACUAGGAAACGUUAGUGAGAAACAUGCAGGGAAACAUAAAAUGUUUCUGAAGUUGGUAGGAAACAUUUUUGCUUCCCGGGAAGCAAAUUUUGUUUCCGCAACAAUGUUUCCACGGGUGGGCAAACAUGAAAACAUUUGAAGAAACAUCGAGAAUCACAAGUGUUUCCGCAACAAUGUUUCCUACUUUGUCCACGGCUUUAGACCUAACCAGGAACAGUUGCGAAAAAUGCAACUAUUAUCAUUUACCCCAGUCGGCGAAAUAUUAAUAUGCGAAGUGAUUAUAUCAUCACUUUCGGGUAAUAUGUCGCCGAAUGGCCCGAAUCCCCCGAGCCGAGGGUCUAUGAAUGAUUUAUUAUACCGAAAAUUAAAAGCCUCCAAGUUGAGAAUGUAAAACUUGCCACAUACUGUACCGUCGCUUUUCUUUCCAAUCCCAUAUCACACAUGGCAACAUUUUUCAAAAUUUGCUUCAAGAUUUUCAAAAAAUACGAGGUUUUUUUUACGUUUGGAGUAUAUUUUGUCGGCCAUCUUGUUUGCUUGAUCACCGCACGUGGUUUUAAUACAGCCUCAGGUAUCCGUUUGAAGUCCUGGCUAAUAAAAAUUUGAGUAUGGCCAAAACUGUUUUGCUCUACUGUGGCUAUUAAUUGAUGAGCGAAGCGAGUAUGCAAAGAAUGGAAGGUCGAAGCUUCAAGGGCGCUGUGAGUUGAGUGGUGGGCAAAGGCUUGCAAGCUUUGUCUAUUUGGUAUAUUGUCUGAGUGUAAGACCGGGCUAAAAAUUUCAGGUUACCAUGACUGCAAGUACCGGCGAAUUACACACAGCCUCUGGCGAAUGGCUGUCAAAUGUCUUCUUAGCGCUGGCGAAAUUCGCCAUUCGCCGGCCUAAAACAAGAUGGGUAGGUUUACGCGAAUCACGGCACCCGGGUGACAUGGUCAUGUGAUAUGAUUCAAGUCGCCCUCUUACGUCGAAUAUGAUGACGUAAGGCGCGAUUCGAUGAUAAAUUUCAUGCUCACGUGGCACAAACGUAUAGCUUUCUGAUUGGACACUUUGAAUUUGAGGUAUAUUAUUAGAGUAAGCCCUCUGGCAGGAAUCCAACGCUCGAAAUUUCCAUUUACCAAACCCUUCAACAAUACGUUGUAUUAAGCGAUAUGCCCAAAAUCCUGAUCUUUUCCCAGAGGUCCUUUCUGCGUAGAUUUCAAAUCCUUGCUUUCAUCUACGUCGCCAUCAGUUUUUGCUGAAUGUAACAUUGAAAAAUCCCUCAAAAUAGAGAGUUUUUCUUAAAUCUUUUUUUAAUUUUUUCUCGCAGGCAAACUGAUAAAUGGCCAAAAGAACUCGUAAUGCAACUGAUACCUCAAUCAUUGCUGGUGAGUACAUGCCAAUAUCAUAGAAUCAUUCUUGACAGAGAACAAUUUCAUUAACAAGGUGUUAGCUAUUUAAUUACCUGUUACGCGUGUUUUGGUGAUGGUUUUCGAACAAAAAUGUAUACACAAUCUUGGACCAGGAGCAGCUGCGAAAAAUGCAGCACGUGGCCCUCUGGCAAGAAUCGAGCCUGCGGCUCCAGUGCAGCGCUCUAACCAACUGAGCUACAGAGCACAUCUCACUUUGUACUGUAAAUAUACAAUAGAGACUUUACGAUUUUAGGACGGCAACGCGACGGCAACGGCUACCAAUUGAAUACAAUAGAUCAUUGAAAAGAAUUUAGUAAUUACAAUAUAUGAAUAAUUUAGACAUUGCAUGUCCUCGCUCUGUUUACAACGCCCAAUCACAGAUUUUCACGUCUUGAUACAACGGCUGCAUUUCAAGCCACAACAAGUGCAACUUCAAACUGGGUUUAGCAGAACUCUUCCCAACCAUAAAACCUAUGUCUUAAACUUCUAAAACUGUAUAUUUAAAUUCAUACAAUAAUAUACCACGAACUAUCUUUACUACCAUUUACUUGAAGGAGUUUGUGUUGGCCGUCGCCGUCGCGUUGCCGUCCUAAAAUCGUAAGGUUUCUAUUAUAUAGUAUACGACAACGUAUAGGUGAGUUGUGUGUUUGAUUGACACAGUACAACUCAAGUUAUAAGCAGGUUACAUGCGACAGUUUUAGGCAAACGUUGUGUAGUGUAAAUCGGUCUUAAACACAACAUAUGACUCCGGUAUGAACACUUGACUGCCACUUUAACGUUCUGAAAGUUUGUCAUCUCUAUGAUGUGAUAAUUUUUAGUAACGGUAUAGUUAUAACCUGAGUAUCAGCCCCUCAGUAUGAAGAGGGCCUGACACAAUUCGCCUCUACAGUCAUGUUCAACAUCCAGAAUCUGGAUGUUAUGCUGAUUGGCUAAGAGACGAUAGAACGCAUCAUGUGAUUCAAACCGGAAAUAUAUGAACAGCGUAUGUAAACACCAAAAAUAGAAUUUGUAAUUUUGCCAAAAUAGUGUUAAAAGUGCUUUAUUUGUGAAAUUUAUUUUCAAUUAAUUAAUUUAAUUAAGCCCAAAAAUGACAAAAUAAGUACGAAAAGACGUUGAAGACGCUUUUGCAGCAUUAUUUUUCUCGGUAUAAAACUAAAACUACAAAGUAGAAAGCGUGUCUAAAUAUCUCCCCGUAUAAAUUUCGCCGUACUCAUAUGUCGAUCUCGGACAUUUUCAAAUAUUGAGUUCCGCAUAAAGGCUAAAGACUUAUUUAUCAGUUUAUUGCCGAGCUGUUUUCCAAGACCUGCAAGGUUAUAGUAGUCAGCUCGCUCGAACUAAUAUGCAAACAUCAGGCAGAAAUUGAGGGGAAUAGCCGCUGUGUCAGACGCAGUUGAAGCGAAUAGCUGCUGUCUCUCAAUGUCUCGAAUAUUAAAACUAACAUGACACGUGGACCGAGGACGAAGAAGUCCUAUUCAGAGUGCCGAAUGUUGUCUCUUUAGACUCCUGGAAAAAGCCAUCGAGCUCUGGUUCCCAGAAUGAGGCAUAGUUUACGUUUAGAAUUCGAUCAUGUGGAUAUUUCGACAAAAUCUUCUCCGUAUUUCAAAUUUAUGCAAAACUGUAAAUAACGAAAAUUGCGUAUUUACAUAGCGGACAACCGGAAAUAUGCUACAACCGGAAAUAAUUUUAAUUGGCUGAUAUUCUCGGGGUGGAAAGCCCGUAGAGGCGAAUUGUGUCAGGCCCUCUUCGUACUGAGGGGCUGAUACUCCGGCUAGUAUAGUUACACAUAUGUCAUCGUUCAUUUCUCUUAUACAUUGUGCUGUCUAUUGUUUUUUCUAGACAAGCUUGGGAGGAUUGCUGCACAAUUCAAGGACAGUGAGUUUUCAUUUUGCUGCUAACGACCCAGAAUCUCUGAGAGCGCUGUACCGUGUCAUGGCGACCACUCGUGUGCGAUUUGUAAGUUUCACUUUUUUAAUUAUUUCAAUGAAAACCUCGCGUUUUAUCUUAGAUCUGGGACUUCAUGUUUGUUAUUUUCGAAGCAAAUUUCAUCUUUUUCGUGUCGCCUGCAUACUCUUUCCAUUAUUGUUUUGAAUCACUGAACAAGGGGAUGAAAACUGGCCAAGUGUUGCUUGGGUAUAAUCAAGCCUGAAAGUAAAUUUCCAAGUGUCAGGUACCACUGAGCUGAAUAAAAAUAUCCCAAAAAUAUUAACGCAAUAGAGCAAAUAUACUUUUUUCGUGAUAGUAACAACAAUAAAGCCACUGGCCAAUUUUAUCAUACGGAAUCGAAUAACGAUUUCAUUUCCGGCAUACAUAAAAUAGAUGUUUACUUGAGACCGCGACGAAAUUUUGCUCAGAUCAGUCUGAAGUCAUUCCGCUCGCUGGACGGUAAUGUAAACACAAAUACAUUUCAGAGAAUAUUCAGUUCGGUCUGAAGUCAUUCCGCUCGCUGGACCGUAAUGUAAACACAAAUACAUUUCAGAGAAUAUUCAGACUGGUCUCGACUGUCCUUUUGGCUUCGGAAAAAUGCAUGCUAACAAAAACACUGUAAAAAAAUAAAAUAGCGGGCAAGUGGGAAUAGAUUGAAAGAUUUGUUUGUGUGAAAAUAUUCAAAACUUCGAUAUUCAUUGCAUCAUCGUUCCCAGGGCCUCUCAUUCGCGAGAAAACUUGCUGUAGUUUCUAAAGCGCAAAACAAUUUUCACAGAGAAGUAUUACGAAGAAACGAAGUAUUUGUGUUGGCAUAUUUUGAUAGAAUAAUUUUGUGUAGCGAAAACUGCUCAACUUCUGCGAAAUAGCAGUUCUCUGAGAACCCAAUCACAUCUCUCCCUUUAGUCGUCUAACCCAGAGCCUAAUUUUCAACGAGUGGCCGAGUAAAAAUGGCUCUGGGGACGAGAAUGUAUUCAUCCCGGUUUCACUUUGUCCCGAUCUCAUGUAUAAUCGGGGCCUGAAACAAAGUUUUUCCACAUUCCUUUAUGCUACCAUAUCUGUGAAUAUCGUUUCAGGCUGGAUGUGUUCAUUUUAUGAAUGCAGCAGUCCAAUGUGAUGUGAAGAUAUUGUUGUUAAUAUUCAGUCCACGCAAGAGAGCCUUUGUUGGAUUGAUACCAAUUGAUCAGGUAUUGACACUAGAGAGUGCUAGCGCUCCAGGUUUUGGUCAACAUGGACAUCAUGCAUAUUGCCAGGGGGUUUGUGUCUGUGUUAGUUUGUGGUAAUCUUCAACACAUAUGACAAAACAUAAGAUUUUUAUAGUUUUUUGCUUCCUCACACGAGCGCUAUGAGGCAAAAUGCCGCCAAAAUUAGUUCUAGCAAUUUUCGGGUGACGUCCGUGUUGACAAAACGUCGCUUAAGCUCACUAUUAACGUCAAAAACAUUUCAGUGUGUUUGAUAUGGUACGGAUUUUCCUUGUACAUGCAUGACUCAUCAUGUUACAUGGGUGCAAUAUAAUUUAGAGCAAGAGACUUUUUGAAACAAGUACGCGGCCAUGUGGUGUCGAAGAUACCACUCCCCUGGGGAGUAAGGAGGGUCCAAGGGCUUCUCCCCAUGAGUAUUUUGAGAUUUUGACCCUCUGAUAUGGCAUUUCCAGCAAUAUAAAAGAGAAAUUUUUGAAGAUUGUGUCAUAUCCAAAUAUGUAAGAAUAUUAUUUAAAAUUUGUGUUAUCAAAGCAAGAAACCUUUCCCUUGUCAUUUUUGUGAUUUCGAGAAAUAACCGAUAAUCUUUGAAAAACUCACUCGUGCAUGUUUUUUCAAAAUUGCACUCGAAACCAUACAAUUACCUAUACAAAUAUCUGCAGGUACAUUAAAUAACUGGAACUGUAAAUAGCCAUGCACGAGUUUCGUCUUAACAUAGAGCCUCCUCCGCAGGAAUUCUAGGGAAUCGUGUACCCAUUCGCAGGCUAUGAUCCAUAGAGAUGCCUGCGGAGGAGGCUAUAUCCUGUAUGCAGACGUAGAUUAUUUUCGGGCUGGUCAUGUUCAAACCGACGUCCAUGUUUUCAGUUCAUUCCUGUUCUAGAGUUCUAUUUAUAAAAAUAACCAUUUUACAUUUCUUUUUGUUGCAGGAGAAAUUCAUGGCAGCAAUGAAGGUAAGUUCGUGAUAUUUUGCAUAAGUAAGGCACGGCGAGAGCACACGAAAUCAGCUGGAGGGAAGUAAUGAAACGAUUAGGAUUGUUAUCUCGAAUUAGAAACUCUCUAACACUUGGGGCAGCAAGAUGUGUCUACAUAUAACACAAUAUUACAAGCAAUAUUUGACUAUGCUGAUAUAAGUUGGGGAGCGAUGUUACGAACGUGCAAUACUGAAAUGCAAAGACUUCAAAAUAGAGCGGCACGUACUGUUCUUAAAAGUAAUCGAACAGAGAAUUGCUUCUCUUCGAUCAAGUGGCUCCAUCUUUCGACAAGGAGAAAAGUUCAUAAUUUAUAAAAUUCUAAAUGGUAUUGCACCAACUUAUCUUGGUAAUUUGUCAAAAACGUUAAUAUUCAUAAUUUCAAUACAAGACGUAAGGAAAAUUUUGUAUUACCCAGAGUAAAUAGAGAACUUGGUAAGAAAACUUUUAGAUUUCAAAUGGCAAAAGACUAUAAUGAGCUACCAACUGAAAUUAAGAAUUCUCUAACCUUAGCUAGUUUUAAAAGUAGAAUUAAACAACAUUAUAUAUCUGAACUGUAAAUAUGUUUGAAUUAAUUUGGAUUAGACAUAGGAUUGCAUAAUUUAUGUAUUUAGGUAAUAAUAUGCAGGGCCCCUAUGCAUACCAGCUUAACAGCUGAAUGGGCUACCCUGCUAAAAUAAAGUCACAACAACAACAACAACAACAACAACAACAACAACAACAACAACAACAACAACAACAACAACAACAGAUGUGAACUGCAGAUUCAUCUCAGCUAUCUUUGAAACACGGGGAAUCCUGGAAUAAUAAUAACUUUACAACCUAUUAAUCAUUAAUAUGAUACAUUAAAAUAUUAUUAGAGGUAAAAAUGAAAAAAAAAAUUAUCUGAAGUGAAAGAACUCCUGUGCUCCGCUGGUAAGCGGGUGACACCAUGGAUUGUAAAAUAACUGGAUAGGAAACUGUAGUCACAUGACGUGUUUCCAUCCCGCUGAUUGGCUGAAAGGUCUUUGUUUUUGCUCGAGAGAUGUUGAAACCUAGUUGCAAAUCGUGAUGUCAAUGAUGGCGAAGUGUUGUUGAUUUUCCUAUGCUUUUGACUGAGAUUUGUUUUACCUUUUUAUGUUUUUUGCUUGAAAAUGUGUUUGUUCUUGUCUUUUGGUAUUUUACACUGAUCUAUGGCCAAAAUGAACCUGCCUAAGCCACACAACAACUCUUAAGGCAAGUGUUCAUCUUUAUUGUUCACAUUAUUGUCAGUUUACAACAGAGAUAAUUGCGUCGCCAAUAGCAGCCUAUUCCGUAUUUUGUGAAAAUGGCGACGCAUGUUUAGAGUAUUUAAUCGGGUGUAUUUUUAAAAACCCAUGGCCUACUUCAACAAGUAGAUUUAUCCUUUUAUUGUGGCUUAGUCAUAUUUAAGCUUGGUUUUAAAUGUGUUUUUUUUUUCGAUUUUAAUUUGUGUUCUGAAAGCAACUAGGUUUAGACUGUGACGUCCCGAAGUUUCCUAUCCAGUUAUUUUACAAUCCAUGGUGACACACCAAUCAGGAACGAGCUUACAAAUAUCUUGUGAUGACAUAUGUUCACCAAUGAGUGAUAAGCUUAAAAUUUGUUUACACUGACGUAAUAGAGUGAUUAAGCAAGCGACUUUUUUCAUUCACGAACGGCGACCGGAAGUAAAUCGAGCCGUUGUGGAUGGCGACAGUUGGUCUUGUUUGAAAUCACGAACUGCUGACGCCAUAGUUAACGGUUAAAUUAUGUGCUGGUGACGUCCGUGUUGUCAAAACCAUCACAUGCAUAUUAAAUUCUAUCAUUCUCUCAAAAUCCAAGAUGGCGACUACCGAGUUGAUGUUUUAAUACAUUUGCAAAUGUACAUAGAACAAAUAAACAUGAUUUUCGAAUAUGCUGAUUACUGGGAUAAACAAGUCAUAAUUUAUCUCAUCUGAAUAUCACACAAGUCCAAUUAUCUUCGAAAGAAGUUAAGGGAAUGAAAUUUUCCCUUCAUGUGCACUUUAAAACUGCCAUGUAACAACAAAUUAGUAUUCACUGGAACUCUUUGUAAGCCUUAAUUUCUUUAUAUUUUAGAAAUUGAUUGAAAACCACAAGAAACAGCAACUGGUAUGUAGUCUGUUAUAAAAUAAAGACGUUUCAUCUAAUCGUUAUUAAUCAUUUGUAGAUUGUCUGCAUUUUGCUUCGAAAAAUGUGUAUUCGCUUGUGAAAAAUGCGUAUUCGUCGCUUUGCCCGCAGGGGACCUAAGCCCGUUUUCCACUCUUUGUGGCACAGAUGAAGUAUUUACCAGAUGUGUAACUUAAUAGGACUUCGUGUCCUCAAAUUUCCCUAGAUGUACACGUCAUGCUCACGCCAUGACAUUUGCUAGCAAAUUGGCGUCCUGAAAAACACGAAGUUUUGCGUUUUAUUGCGGAUUUUUUGGACCGAAAUUUAUCGAUUAAACAAUCAAGAGCGUCAUUUGUUGAAUGUUUAAAGUUGUUGAAAGUAAUUAAAGUUGUAGAAAAGGUGUUGAAAGCUUUUUUGAAUCACGCGAGCGACACUUGCUAGGAAGUGUUACUUACUAGCUACUUUUUUACUGAAGUUAUACAUCUGUCUUUUCUUAAUCUGUGCUUUGUGGUGUCGCUUUUGCUAACGUGAUAAGCGAUGCCCACGAAGGAAAACUCGCUUCGCACGAACAAACUCGUCUAGUGGAAAACGUAUUUUAUACAAACCACGGAUUGAUAGAAAUGCAACUAUCUGAAAGAUACAAGGACAACUUCGCCGUUUCGAGCGAAGGCCCUUCGUCAGGAAGUAUUAUACAAGUCACGUGUGCAUGUAUACAAGUCACGUGUGCAUGUAAUUACUCACGCGAGCACAUCAAUUAGGCAUGUAGUAAAACUAGUUUCAUAUUAAUCUGACACUGCAAUCGACCAACGAAAAAUUCGUUGGCUCGAGCGGGAUUUGAACUCGCAUCUUCGGGUAUCUAGACCGCCGCUCUACCUAUUGAGCUAUCGAGUCAACAGGGAUUGGUAGCGAGUCUUAUCCAAUUUAAGUGCACGAAAUAUUUUCGUGACAACUUAACGCUUGUCUUAGAAGACGCACAAUUCUAUUUCAGAACCAUCCUCAGAGAUACGAAAUAAGAUAAGACUCGCUACCAAUUCCUGUUGACUCGAUAGCUCAAUAGGUAGAGCGGCGGUCUAGAUACCCGAAGAUGUGAGUUCAAAUCCUGCUCGAGUCAACGAAUUUUUCGUUGGUCGAUUGCAGUGUCAGAUUAAUAUGAAACUAGUUUUUCGUAUCUCUGAGGAUGGUUCUGAAAUGUAGUAAAACACUGGCUACCGGGACAACGGAACACCAGCGGAAUACCACCGGAACAGCUAAACAAAAUCCAAAAUGGCGGCAAAUUAUGAACAGCCGUAAUAUGUAAGUAUUAGUUUUGUUUCUGUUUUGUAAAUGUGAAAAUUAACUGCGCUUCAAAAUCAAUGUUUCUCCGUGCAGUGGGACACAUAUUAAGAAACAUUCCUUAGAUGUAACAUUUAAGUUGGAAUAAUAACUCAUAACUCUUUCUCGUCAUAUUCGCAAUUACAGUAUUACGAUUCAAUUGUUUCUAAUGUAAAUAUCUCGAGUAUUUGCCCCAUUGAAAUCCUCACAAAAUAACUGUCGUGGUCAAAUGCUGUCAAAACAUUACACAAACCAAAACAUUAAUAAUAAUAUACACUUACUCACCCAGACCAAACAUUCCGAAUUUCAUUUGGAGAAAAAAACUUGAAUAUAUUCUAAACUUUUCGUUAAUAUUCGCUCCAAGUCAAUAUGAGUAAAAUACUCUUUGUAUUCAAGGGUUAGGGUUUUCACAUUUUACUUGCUAUUACAAACAAAAACCAAACUAAUACUUGUAUAUUACGGCUCUUCAUAAUUUGCCGCCAUUUUGGAUUUUGUUUAGCUGUUCCGGUGGUGUUCCAUUGUUCCAGUCGUCAGUGUUUUACUACGUGGCCAUCAAUUAAGCAAGUUGAAUGUAGUUCAACUGCCAUGGCGCGCUUGCAGGACAGCUACAGCGCAUGUGCUAAGAUGUUCGCUCAUUCCGCGCUGGCAAAGUAACCAUAAUGGAAAACGUUCUUGAGUAGCCUGUAUACCUGCUGGAGAUUUUUUAAUAUUUCUCCUCUUGUUUAACAGUUGCAAGCAAUGAAAAUACGACAGCAACACAAGAUGCAGCAAAUGCAACUGCAACAACAACAACAACAGCAGCAGCAACAACAACAACAACAACAACAACAACAACAACAACAACAACAACAACAGCAGCAGCACCAAGUACAACAGUUGCAGCAACAACAACUGCAACAACAGCAACAACAACAGCAACAACAACAACAACAACAACAGCAACAGAGACAGAUCAUUGGUAUUCCUGCUAAUCAAUCUCCACAGAAACAAAUUCCUGACAUGGGUUCACCACUACAGGUAAAUAAAAAGACAUUAAUAUUUGUUCAAGAGGAAAUAUGUAUAUUAUUCUCAAUGUGGAUUAUAAGAAUUUCGCUUGGGUCUGACAAAUGUCAUCUCAAGGGUGCAGUUGCUCGGACAUUGGCUAAUAAUGGUCGACCAGCUUUUCAAUAGUAUAGAGGUUCGUAUUUGAGUUCCACUACCUCUAACUAGUACGCAUCUGAUUGGUUAAUGGAAUAUAUCAAACGCAUGUGAGGCAAAAAAAAAUAUGUGGGUUUCCGGUUUCUUCUUAUAAAAACUUAGGUAGGGUAGGUCGGUUUUAACCUUUUUUUUAACUUUUUUUUAAUUUUCCGAACAACCGGACGCCAUUUUGUUUAGUCAGUGCUUCCACAUCCAAAGAUAAAUUUCCCUAAUAAUGCCUCAAAUUUCACUUUUUCCUCUAAGUGAAAACACUUACAAGCAUGAUCCAAUAAAAAAGUUUAGGGUCGGGAUUUCGACGUCUAAAAGCUAGGUAGGGUCGGGAAACCGGAAACCCACAUAUUUUUUUUUGGCCUGACUGGUUGAUUGUCCAUUAAUGGAACUCUGGAACACUAUUUGCAAAUCAGCUCCUGUGCAUGGCUUUUCCAACAUCUCAUCAUUUAAACAAUUACUCAAGCAAACAUACCUGACUUUAUUCAAUGCAUCCUUUGACAUAGACUUCCCGUGUACAUGGACACUGUCUCGUGACUGUUCUUGCCAUUGAGAAUUGGCUUUACAUACAGUAUAAUUUACUAUUUUAGUCUUAUGUUGACCUAUGUUAUUUUAACGUUAUAUUUUAACGGGAAGGCGCCUCGCAUGGGUACUUCAGUCCCGUUCGCGCCUUUGCCGAUUGGUUAUUUUCAAAUGUAUUUGUACCUAUUUAUAAAUAUUAACCAAUAAAGUUGUUAAAAAAAAAAAAAAAAAAAAAAAAAUGGUAGUGGAAGUCAAAUCUGAACUGCUCUAAUUACAUUCAUUGGUCGUGCUGAUCACUUCCCGCGUGACGAAUCAUAAUUAACUUUUGGUAAAGCAGUCCCAACGAUCCAUGCAACCGAAAAUUUGUUGGUCCAGUGGAUAUUGUUUUCGAAUUUUUCUGCAUGUCUGGUACCAUAAACUUUUGUUGCCUGUCACAAGCCAACAAAAUGUAUAGUGUGCGUUUAAAUGAAAUCUGCACAGGCAUUUUAUCUGAUCGCUCAACAUGUCCGUACACAAUAAAAUUAAUCGGCCAUUUAGUGUUUUUGUUCGGCAGAUAACCGUUAUUAUCCACACUGCAUGAUUAUUAUCUAUACUAUACAGUGUACUGUAUUAUCCAUACAUAUUUUGAUAAAUACUAGGAUUGUCUCCCUCGAUAGAACUAAGGUUGAAGGGGUUUUUAGAUGGAAAUUUUAAGUAUAAAUUUUCUACAUUUGCUGUAGUAACUGCCUGGUACCGAAUGAAUAUACUGUUGUAUGCAUUAACUAGAAAUGAAUGAUCUUGUAUUAGAAAAAGAAUAUUGCAUGAAGCUUGUGCAAAGAACGAUCUUAAUUUAUGUAAGGUGAACUUGAAAGAUAUUGUUUCUAAGAGCUCUUUUUAAACAUAAAGAAUGCUUGCUCCUGAUAUCAACAGGACCACUGUUCCAUAAUCUUGCUCCUGUUACUCCAAAAGAUUUUCCACUCUCAGUUUCUCUUUUAUAUCUUUUCUCUUUUUUAUAUAUUUUUUUCUCUUACACUAAGUUCAUUUCGAAUGUCUAUUAUUCAACUGAGCUACAGAGUCCAGUUGUCGAGCUUUAACCACAAGUUCAUGUAUAUAAGAUGGUGUCAUGGUAAGGUGUAUGCAUGGAGUAAAUAUAGCGUUUUUUGCAGCUGCUACUGGUUAGGUUUAAAAAUAUAUAAAAUUUACACUCAAGAUUUCCAUCUCCAAAAAUCCUCCAAUAUGAUAAAAUCUUACAUUUUGCAGAUCAGAUAUUUGGACACUUGUACAGUAGAAACUUUCUUAUGCAAUGAUCCAUGUCUAUAUUGAGAUUGAUUUGAAGGCUAAAUAGAGGGCGGGGGCUUAUUCUUUUUCGCAAAUCCGGACUGGGAGCUUGUUGUAAGGUGGGGGGGUACUAAAGGAAGUACAGUAGUUAUGUUAUAAGAUGGCGUCAAAAAUAAGUCUUUAUUGAUAUUCUGUUUUUAGAUUCCCAACAACAAUCUGAAUGUUGGAGGAAAUAUGCCGCCACAACAACUGCAAAAAAUCAGCAAUCUUAGCAAUCUUCUGGCACAACCACCAGCAAAACAGUUGCCCUCGCAACAACAUCUACUGCAAAAUUCAGAGCUUCUGCAAAUUAUAAAACAGGUAAUUGUGAAUUAUGAUUAUUAUGAGUGUACGAUUAUAUGGCAUAAAGUAAGAAUCUAUUCUUAGAAAUAAAGCCUCGUGCAGACGGGCAAGUUUUAUUUGCUCGUGUACAUGUGUACGCCACAAAUUUGACAAUGUUUCUUUGCCUUGUUCCAAAGUUAACCCAGUUACAGACGAGCAAGUUUUCUAUGACAAGUUUUUAUGUGACAAGUUUUAUUUGCUUGUCUGUACGCGCAACUUUGACAAUUUUUUCUAUGACAAGUGCACUUGUUCCAAAGCUAGCAUGCUAGCUUUUGAACAAGUACACUUGUCAUAGAAAACAUUGUCAAAGUACAAAUUUUGUUCGUCUGUAUGGGUCAACAAAGAAAACGUGUCAUAGUAAUCUGAGCGUUUGAUGUGAUUGGCCAGCGGACUAUUAUAAUUUUUCUUGUCUUAUAGUUUAGGCCUUGGUGAACAAGACUGUGUGUGUUACCACUUCUGAUUUUUGCUUUAUAGCCAAAAAAAUUGAGAAUUUUUAAAUUUUGCCUAUUAAAUUACUAUGAUGGCAAAAAAUGUAAAUUUCAUGUUCUCUUAUACAAAAAAUAAACUAUACCACUAGAAAGAUCGCAAAAAAACUAUAUAUAAGACAAUUAAGCGACUAGUGCGAUUUCUCAAGCCGAUGUUGGUGCACUAUAGCAAUAAAGCUUGUCAAGGAAAAACAUUGGAAACUUGUUGACCGUACACACGAGAAGGGAAACUUGUCAAUGAAAACUUGUCAAGGGAAACUUGUCAAGGGAAACUUGUCAAGGGAAACUUGUCAAUGAAAACUUGUCAAUGAAAACUUGUCAAUGAAAACUUGUCAAUGAAAACUUGUCAAUGAAAACUUGUCAAUGAAAACUUGUCAAGGGAAACUUGUCAAUGAAAACUUGUCAAGGGAAACUUGUCAAUGAAAACUUGUCAAUGAAAACUUGUCAAUGAAAACUUGUCAAUGAAAACUUGUCAAUGAAAACUUAUCAAUGAAAACUUGUCAAUGAAAACUUGUCAAUGAAAACUUGUCAAUGAAAACUUAUCAAUGAAAACUUAUCAAUGAAAACUUGUCAAUGAAAACUUGUCAAUGAAAACUUGUCAAGGGAAACUUGUCAAGGGAAAUUUGUCAAUGAAAACUUAUCAAUGAGAACUUGUCAAUGAAAACUUGUCAAUGAAAACUUGUCAAUGAAAACUUAUCAAUGAAAACUUAUCAAUGAAAACUUGUCAAUGAAAACUUAUCAAUUAAAAUUUGUCAAUGAAAACUUGUCAAUGAAAACUUGUCAAUGAAAACUUGUCAAUGAAAACUUGUCAAUGAAAACUUGUCAAUGAAAACUUGUCAAUGAAAACUUGUCAAUGAAAACUUGUCAAUGAAAACUUAUCAAUGAAAACUUAUCAAUGAAAACUUAUCAAUGAAAACUUGACAUAAACGUCAUAAAGUAAGAAUUCAUUCUUAUAAAUCAAUACAUCCUACUCUGGUCGUGGACUAUGCCUCGUUUAUUUCAGGAUUUGUUUAGGAAACAUUUUCAUCCAAGAGCCAUUUCAUCAGUUAACAGCCGAAUUCUUAUUGAGCUUGAAAUGUUAAGGCCCGUUUACACUUCGGUUUGCAGUAAACAUCAAUCUUAAGAUCUCAAAUUAACUGACUGUUCUUGUCUACGCAAUUUCUAUCGGGAAAAAGUUAAAUUAACCUUUUACCAAGUAGAGAUUUUAAAUUUUUUAGCAUCAGCAGCUGAGAUCGUUACAGCCUCAGCAAGCACUCGCUCAAGCAGCUGGUGGGAACAAUUCAUCCACUCAUCAUCAGAAAAAGUUUCUUCUUGCUUUUCAACAGCUACAGAAGAGCAAACAACCAUUACAACCAGCACAGCUGCAACAACUGCAAUCUCACCUUCAGUCAAUGCAACAGCAACAACAGAUUUCACAACCGCAACAACAAUUGCAACAACAAUUGCAACAACAACAACCAUUAAACCCACUACAACAGCAACAACUUCAGCAAAAGCUACAACAGAAACAACAGAUGCAGCAACAAAUACAACAGAAGCAACAACAACAAUUACAGCAGCAACAGCUGCAGCUCCAGCAACAAAAACAACUACUACUACAUAAUCAACCACUACAGCAACAACUGCCAUUUCAACAACAAAAAUUACAGCAACAAACCCCGCAACAAAAACAAUUGUUUCCGCAGCAACAUUUAAAGCAACUGCAUCAAAAGUUACAGCAGCACCAGAUUAGCAAUCAACAGCAACAACUACAGCAACAGCAAAUGCAACAGAACCAGCAACAACAGACCCAACAACAACUACAAACACUGCAACAACAACCACAACACCAGCAUCAACAACAAAUGCAACAACUACAACAAAAACAAUCCCCACAGCACCCAAUGCAACAACAAGACAUGCAAGAACAACAACAACAACAACAACAACAACAACAACAACAACAACAACAACAACAACAACAACAACAACAACAACAACAACAACAACAACAACAACAACAAAAGGAAGAUGCAGCACAACAACGCAAUUCACUAAUACAACAGCAAGAUAAUAAUAAGCAACAACAACAGAUACAACAAAAGCAGCAACAACACCAAAUGCAACUGCAACAGACCCAACAACCACAGACACAAAAACGUCAAACACCUCCACCAGAACAACAACAACAACAGCAACAGCAACAACAGCAACAACAACAACAGAAACAAUCAUUUGUCAAACAAACAUCAUAUGCUUUGCUUACUGAACUUGCCCAGCGGUCACAGAGCCAGGGACAAAUGAAUACGCAACCGCUGUCAACUGUACCGCGGCCUCAGCAGAUACCUCAAGUUACAACGCAAGAAACAAUGAUUCAAAGCAAAGUCACUUCAAGUUCCGUCCUAAACUCAGAUGAUAGCAAUCUCUAUGAUCUAUUGAACAGUUGAAGUGAAAUCUCUUUAUAUAAAUUAUUCACACUGCUAAUUAAUAAUUAUAUAUCAAUGUAAUCAUUUUUUGAAUAACUAUAUAUCAAUGUAAUCAUUUUUAGAAUUCAAUGACAAUGUAAUCAAUGACGAAUUUGUAGCAAUUGCAUGCAAUAAACGAAAUAUUUAUUAAUUAAAGUGUGCAAUUAUUCUGCAAACUCGUUCACUAUAUAGCUAGCAAAGCAGGAACGUCGCUGUAUAUUGCAAUUUCCAGUCUCAAUGCAACUUACUUAACUUCAAAUCCUCAUCUUAUUCAAUAAACACGGUUUCUUUUCAUUACUAAAUGCUCUUCCUGAGAGCCGGGUAUAUAUAAAUAGAAUAUUUUAUUAUUAUAAUCACGUGAUUACGAUAAGCAUUUCUAUAUGAUCAAAUGCGCUUUAAUUUAAAAAUGAAAUU